GUGGGAGUGAUUGUCACUCGUUUAAUGAGCUUCUUUGCCAGACGAGAGGCUUUGGCAACAUAUGUCCCCCCAGUGCCUCUCUCGCGCCGCACCGCUCAAUGCGCUAGUGGUGGGGCUCUCUCCCGCGUCAGCUGUGGUAGACGUUUCUCUGGAUUUCCUCGGCACUCUCUGUUUUUCACGCCUGUGGGAUUAGACUGAGCAGAAGAGGAAGGGUUUGACUGUCUUUCUGAGGACGAGCGGACAAGAAUGAAACAGAUUCCUGUAGCAAGACCCCAGCCUGUGUUGGAGUGAGAUGCACUGACUCCUGGCAAACUGCAGCAUUCCCAGUCGUCCUCUGCUCACCUCUGAGGCUGUGGCCAGUCAUGCGGUUAUUACGGAAAAUCCUCCUCCUUUUGGGCGUUUGCCUUAAUAUGAGCUGCAGGUAUCAAACUAAUGCCCUGGAUAUUCCACUUGAUGUUUUAGCACGCAUGAACAUGGAGCAGCUUCCCACAAUUACAGAGCAGUCACCUGCUUCUCUGGUUGCCUUCCCUUUCGAAGAAAGCUUCCCUGUGAAGUGUGAGGCCACAGGAAACCCUGGACCAAAAUUCAGGUGGACAAAGAAUGGACAAGACUUUGAUCCGGAUCAGGACCCCAGACUGAUAAUAUUAGAUGAUUCCGGAACAUUCAUAAUUCCCAAUAAUGGGAAUCUCACAGAAUUCCAGGGCAAUUAUCAAUGCUUUGCGACCAACAAGUUAGGAACAGCCAUGUCGAAAGAGAUUGAAUUCAUUGUUCCCAAUGUUCCGAAGUUCCCUAAAGAGAUCAUUGAUCCGAUUGAGGUUAUGGAAGGUCAGUCAGUCAUUCUGGAGUGCAACCCACCUAAAGGAAUCCCCCCACUGCAAAUCUACUGGAUGACAAUUGGUCUAAAGCACAUUGAGCAGGAUGAAAGAGUAUCAGUGGGUCUGAAUGGGAACCUGUACUUCUCAAAUGCCAUUGAGACUGACAGCCGCAGAGACUACUGCUGCUUCGCUGCCUUCCCGCGCAUACGAACCAUCGUUCAGAAAACUGCCAUGUCUGUCGUGGUCAAAAGCAACAAGUUAAUGAAGGACUCAGGCUCUGGUAGCGGCAGAGGUUAUGCAAAUUCUCUCUUGGAGAGGAAGCCCCGUCUACUGACGCCCACAGGAAUGGAGUCACAUACAUAUCUGAUGAAAGGCGAAGAUCUUCAGUUGGAGUGUAUUGCAGAGGGAUUUCCCACACCAAAGGUGGAGUGGGCUAAAAUAGGCCACAAGCUUCCCGAAAAGGCCUUGGUGGAGAGUCAUGGGAAGUUGCUCACCAUAGAGAUGGUGAAUGAGGAGGACGAAGGGAAAUAUAUGUGCAAAGCCAAAAAUCCCCAUGGAGAGGUUGUGCAUUCUUUUCACGUUACAGUAGAAGAGCCUCCUGAGUUUGAGAUUGAACCUCAAAGCCAAUUGGGGACGAUUGGAUCUGAUGUGGUGAUCAAGUGUGUCGUGAAAGGAAAUCCUCAACCUAGUGUUGCAUGGAGAGUCAACGGCCGACCAUUGAAUGAGGUCCCAGCAUCCAACAGGAAAAUCUUGAAAGAUGGCACCAUUUCCAUCCACAACGCAAACCCCGAAAACAGUGCUGUUUACCAGUGUGAGGCCAAAAACAGACACGGCACCAUUCUAGCCAAUGCCAACAUCAUGAUUAUGAACAUCCAGCCCCUGAUCUUAACAGAAAAUAAUCUGCAAUAUAUGGCAGUGGAGGGGAAAGGUGUGGUCAUGCACUGUAAGGUCUUCAGCUCGCCAGUCGCCAGUAUUACGUGGAGUAAAGCUGACAGUGCCAAUACAGUGGAAGGAGAAAGGUUUUCUGUUCAUAAGAAUGGUUCACUGGAGAUCCACAACGUGAUGAAAGAGGACAUGGGGGAGUAUUCUUGUUUUGCUCAAAAUACCGAGGGCAAAGUUGCCAUUGCUGCGACACUUGAAGUCAAAGAUCCCACCAGAAUAGUCAACCCUCCACGCGAUUUGCGGGUUUCAGUUGGAACCACUAUCCAGUUUUCAUGCCAGGCAGAGUUCGAUCCUUCCUUCGGCGAUGACUUUGAGAUCCUCUGGGAAAAAGAUGGCAUGACCCUCAACGGCAGCGACAAUGCACGAUAUAUCCUGGACGAUAGAGUGCUUGAGAUCAUUAAUGUGAGCUUUGGAGACCAGGGCUUCUACGUCUGUGUGGCCAGAACACCGGUCGACCAAGACAUGGCGGUUGCACAGCUUUCAGUUGUGGAUGUUCCUGAUCCACCAGAGGAUGUGAUCCUGUCUGAACAUAAUGGCAGAAGUGUGAAAGUGCAGUGGAUUCCAGGAGAUGACCAUAACAGCUCCAUUACUGAGUUUGUUAUAGAGUUCGAGGAAAGCCAACAUGAGCCGGGCAGAUGGAGAGAGAUGACGAAAGUACCGGGAAACCAUCACUCCGUUUUGCUGAAGCUUCACGGACAUGCGGACUACCGCUUUAGAGUCUCUGCCAUCAAUGAGGUCGGAAAAGGUUUGCCAAGCCAGGCCACUGAAAGAUACAAAACUCCAGCAUCAGCACCCGACAAGAACCCAGAAAAUAUCAAGAUCGAAGGUCAUUUGCCACAUGAAAUGGAUAUCAACUGGGAGCCAUUGUCACCUAUUGAACACAACGGGCCUGGUCUGGAGUACAAAGUAAGCUACAGAAGACAAGGCACCGGAGAGGACUGGGUGGAGCACAUGGUGAAGAGGCACUUGUUUGUGGUUAAAAACACCCCGACGUUCGUCCUUUACGAGAUCAAAAUUCAGGCCAGGAACCACGCGGGCUGGGGUCCGGACCCCAAAAUAAUAACGGGAUACUCAGGAGAGGAUUUCCCCUCAGCAGCUCCAGAGGAUGUAGCCGUAGAAGUGAACAACACCAUGGUGAAGGUCAGAUGGGAGCAUGUUCACAAGGACAAACUCAAUGGACAUCUGGGGGGCUACAGGGUAAGCUUGUGGAGGCUUCGUAGUCUGUUGGAUUCAAAGAAGACACACGGUGACAAACACACAUCGACAUUCUCAGGCGAGAGGAACCAUGCGGUAAUCACCGGGCUUAGGCCUUUCUCAGAAUACAGCCUCAUUGUCAUGGCCUUUAACAGUAGAGGAAAUGGGCCUGGAAGUCAUCCGGUCAGCUUCAAAACCCCUGAAGGAGUACCUGGUCAAGCAGCUGCUUUCAGUGUUUCAAACAUCCAGAAACACAAGGUCACCUUGACCUGGUCUCCUCCAGUUGACGCAAAUGGAGUCCUAAUUGGCUACAUCCUCCAAUAUCAGCUAAUAAAUGACACAGAGGAACUAGGUCCUCUGAUGACCGUCAACAUCUCUACUGACAGCAAUAAGCUGCACCUCCCGAACCUGGAAGCACUGAGCAAAUACAAGUUUUACCUACGGUGUUGCACGCAGGUGGGCUGCGGACCAGCUGCCAGCGAGGAGCGCACCACUGUCCCUGAAGCAACUUCAACAGAUGUGGCCUCUUUCAACAUCAGAAAAUCCGGCUCACGAUUUCCUUCAAGAAAAACCACUGUUUCCCCUGUGGCUAAUGCUACUCUUUCUUCUAUAGCUGUUUUGAAUAUUAGCACCUCAGUUAGUCACAACUUUGCAAAUAUCAGCUGGAUUCCAGGCACAGAGCAGACGGAGUCAGAAUUAUAUGUUGCCUUUAUGAACAACCGUGAGGGUAACUGGAAGAUAUCCGAUGCACUAAACUCUUCUAAGACUUUCCACAUCAUUGAAGGGCUCGAACCUGGGACUGAAUACACAGUGCGUCUUAUGACUAAAAGCUGGGUUGAUAAUUCUAGUAUUUUUGAAGACGUUAUCAGGACCAGGGUCAAAGGUCUGGCCAGUAUUCAUGGAGGCAUCUCCAACCAGGGAUGGUUCAUCGGGCUCAUGUGUGCCAUAGCUCUGCUCACUCUCACGGUGCUCAUAGCCUGCUUUGUGAACCGAAAUAAAGGAGGAAAGUACUCAGUGAAAGAGAAGGAAGACCUGCACCCUGACUUGGAGUCCCAGGGCAUAAAUGAUGAUACCUUCUGUGAAUACAGCGAUAAUGAUGAGAAACCACUGAAAAGCUGCCAGCAUUCGUCGAAUGGCGACUUAAAAGGAGGAGACUGCGGAGACAGCAUGGUGGACUACGGCGACGAGGACACUCACUUCAACGAGGACGGCUCUUUUAUCGGAGAAUACUCUGGACGCAAGGAGAGGGUCUCCAUGGAAAUCAAGGGAAACAAUCAGAGCACAGCGUAAUGGACCACGGACAAUUUAUUUGUUGGACAAGCUCUCACAAAAGGUCAGUCAAAAGGAAGAGGAAGGAAAAAAGCACGGCAUAACGGCACCCGAAGGACAUUUUUGCAAUUAAUGUGUUAUUGUCAAACUCUCAGUCAUACUUACAUCAUUUUACGAGGCUUAGUUUGUUUUGCGUGCUGUAACUGAUCAAUCAUGCCAGUUGUGUAUACUUUUGUGAGGUGUUUUUGUAUUAAAUCUUUGCAAAUCAUUGGUGACUUUGGAGCUGCCAGAGAGUUUGCUGUUUUUGUGAAUGCAAACUCUGUAAGAAGAUAAACACCGUUUUUGCUUUCUUUGUGUCAUCAUGUAGCCAAGCAAGUUUUAUGUCAGGGUAUGAACUUAUUAUUUUUAUUUCGAGGCAAAUAUUAUUGACAUUUUAUAUUUCAGAUACUGUAUACUGUGCAUUCAUUAAAUGUGGGUUAUUAUGUGUAUGAAGGAGUUGUUGCUUAAAUAAUCGUAAUUUGUGUUGAAAUCCAAAAAGCGUAAGGCAGCAUAAGGGUUAAUUCACAAUUAGUCUCACAUGCUUUGUUGAACAUUUUCGCAUUGAACUGAUUAUAAUUAACGGUUCGGGCUAUACUAACAACUGCAUAGCCACAUUCAGUACCACAUAAACCCUACAGUAAGUCUGCUGCUGUUAACCUGCUAGCCAUAUUUCAGUAUAUUAUCAUAUAGGCACAUACUCAAUGUUCAUACGUUUAAAAAAAAAAAAAAACGCCUCUUUUGCCUUAGAAUGACCUUGAUGUUCUGGUAAGUAUGAUGUAACAAAUUACAUUCUCAUGGAUUCCGUGACACAGGGUUGGAAUUCCAAAAUUCCGCAUUGGCAUUAAAUCCUAUGAAAUAGUUUUAUUCAUAAAUGGACAAUUCAGAAACACCAUAAUAUCUGCAGAAAACGCAAUUGUGUUCAUGUUUAUGUAUGUUUUUUGGAAUGGCUCCACAAUGAGUCAAACCCACAUUCUGUACAAUGUUUCUGUAAAUUCUGUUUGCAUGUUUAAGGAUGUUGAAUGAGGUUUGUGUGCAGAUUGGACAUUAAAUUGUAUCAUUUUUUUCUUCA